AUGUCAAGAGUAAUAGUAAGAUUCUUUUUAAAUGGACAACCCGUUUCAACUAAACCACUGACUUCACAAGACAAUUUGAAAACAGCAAGAGAGAAAUUAAAAGAAAAGAUGUCUGGUUCUCAACAAUUCCUAACAAAAGAAGGAGAUUUAAUUGAUAUAAAUGAAGAAGAUUCAUUUACUAUAGAAGAUGUAAUUGAUUCAUCAAGAAUAAUAAAUAUCAAAGAAAAAGAAGAUAAAAAGGAAUUAAAAAUAAAAUUAAAUGACAAAUUAUUUAAAACUAUUGAAUUGGAUAAGAAAACAAAAUUAAGUGAUGUCAGAAAAUCAAUUCAAAAUAUUCCAGAAUCUGCACAUUUCUAUACACUUGAUAAUGAAAUAAUUGAAAAAGAUGAAGAAGAAACAUUUUUAGUAGAAAAUAUAAUAAAUAAUGAUGAAAUUAAUCUUAAAAAUGAAAAAGGAAUGGAUACUAUAACAAUUGGAAUAUAUUUGGAUGGAGAAUCGUUCAUGAAAAAACAAUUCGAUAAGAACAUUUCUCUUUCUGAUAUCAGAAAGAAACUUGAAAUUGUAACAUGUAUAACAAAAGGUUUUAUAUUUGAAGAUGAAGAAAGAAAUAAAAUACAAAGAGAAAAUGAAAAAUCAUUAAAAUUAUCAUCUAUUUUAUAUGAUAACAAGAUCAAUAUAACAACAGAAAUGUCUGAUACUUCAUCAAAUAAUAAUACAACAUCUGUUGGUUCACCAUGUAAUACUACAACACAUAAUACUUCAUCAAAUAAUACUACAACUGUACCCAGAAAAAAUGUUCCAAUUGAAGGAAGUAUAAGAUUGGAAAGCCAUGAAAAAGGAAAAUUGAAAAUAUAUUUAUAUCCAAAUGAACCAUUUAAUCAAAAAGAAGAGAAUGAAGCAAUUGCUAUUUUAGUUGUUGGACAAACAGGAAGUGGUAAAACAACAUUAUUAAAUAGUUUUGUAAAUGCAUUAUAUGGAAUCAAGAUAACAGAUGAUUUUAGAUAUAUAAUUAUAAAUGAAGAUAAUUCAGAACAAAAUAGAGAUCAAUCUAAAAGUCAAACAAGUAAAGUUUCAAUUUAUAAUAUUAAAAGAACAAAAAGAACACCACCAAUAAAAAUAAUAGAUACACCUGGAUUUGGGGAUACAAGAGGAAUUGAAUAUGAUAAAGAAAUUACUAAUCAAAUAAAAGAAGCAUUUGAAACAAAAGUAUUAGAUUUAAAUGCUAUUUGUUUUGUUGCACAAUCAAGUAACCCACGAUUAACAGCAAGUCAAAAAUAUAUAUUUGGGAAUAUUAUUGAUUUAUUUGGGAAAGAUGUGAAAAAGAAUUUUAUUGCAAUGCUUACAUUCUGUGAUGGUGAAGACCCACAAAUUAUUAAUUCAUUACAAUCAAAAGACUGUAUUUUCAGUUCAAUUAUUCCAGAAAUAAAUGAGCCAUGGUAUUUAAAAUUUAAUAAUUCAGCUAUUUUUGCUAAUAAAACUAAAGAUGAAUUUACACAAAUGUUUUGGCAGUUAGGUAUGAAGAACUUUGAUGAAUUUAUUAAAAAAUUAAAAAAAUUACCAAGAAUAUCAUUAAAACAAUCUAGAGAAGUUUUGAAGAGAAGAGAACAAAUUAAAACUCAAAUUGAAGGGCUGAGAAUAUCAUUAAAUAAUGGAAUAUCAAAAAUGAGUGAAAUAGAACAAACAUGUGAACAAUUCUAUUUGAAUCGAGAUAAAGUUAAUAAUAAUCAAGAUUUUACUUUUACUGUAACUAUAGAAGAACAAGUUAAGUUUGUCUUAAAACGAGGAGAAUAUGUAACCAAUUGUUUGAAAUGUAAUAGAACAUGUCAUUAUCCAUGUUAUAUUUCAGGAGAUGUAAAAGAUAGAUGUUAUUGUAUUGGUGAUAAUGGAUAUUGUAAUGUAUGUGGAUGUCAUUAUACACAACAUGCAAACUCAGAAUACAGAUAUGAGUAUAGAGAAAAAACAAAAGAACAAACGGCACAAGAAGUACUUGAAAGAUAUAAUGAAGGUAUAAAAGGUAUGGCUAGUGCAGAAAAUCUGUUAAACAAGUUGGAAGAUGAAUAUAUUAAAAUCCAAAUGGAUUGUUAUGAUAAAGAAGUAGAAAUUAUAAAAUGUAUUAAUAUAUUAUCAUCAAUUGCAUUAAAUGAUAAAAUUACUAGUUCCAAUGAAUAUUUAGACCAAUUAAUUCAAACAGAAAAUGAUGAAAAGAAAAGUGGGUAUAAAGAACGAAUUGAAGGAUAUAAACAACUUAAACAAGCAAAUGAAAUAAUAGAAGAUAUUAUGAGAAAAUCAAGUUCAAAAAAGAGUAAGGAAGAGAUUAAAACCGAGGUUGAAAUAAAAAUGAAUGAAUUAAAACAAGGAGAAAAAUCAACAUUAGGUAAAUCCAUUCAAAAAAUGAGAAGUAUGUUUUUAUCAGAAAAACAAAUAAUUAAAUGA